GUGUGUGUGUGUGCGCGCGCGUGUGUGCUGCCCAAAUGAGAGCCGAGCAGACAGCUGGAGAGAGAGGAUCACUGCUCAUACAGCGUGUCUGUAUCAGAGGAGGAGGAGGGGGUCACCCAGGAAUCCCUUGAAGCAGCUCUCCAGGAACAAAAAAAGAAAUGUUACAAGAUUUGCUUCGUACCCGGUUACGGCUGUACACUGGAUCGGAUCUGCUCGACGCUGCUGCUGCUGUUCAAUCUUGUUCUGUCAUCGAUCCGUCUCUUUUUUAAGAAGAUGCCGAAACGAGGAGGAAAAGUGAGCCAAUGCUGGGAUUAGACAGUUUGGAGGAACAACGCGAGAAAUUGACGAUUAAGUUCGUUUUUUAAACUUAAUUCACCACCUUUUUUAAUUAAUUCAUUUUUUGCACAUUUUUUGAAAUAACGGGAAUUGUUGUUGGGUACAAGAAUAACUGCUUAUCUCCUAGAUUGGAACCAGCCAAUCAAUAUUGGAGUGAUCAGUUAAGGCAUUAUGGAGGAUUCCCGUUAGCCCUGAGCUUUGCCUGUCAGGUUAUGCAGGAAAAAAGUUUGAUAGUUAUCAUGAAAUGGCAUUUCCAGUCAGCUUCGUGUCUCCCUUACAGUGAGCUGCUACAAGAACAGCGAUUUCUAAGCAGCACUUUCGUCCACUCCUGCUGAUUUUACCCACAUUUGCGAGAAUCACGACGAGGCAUAAACUUUGCAGUAGUAUUUUUUGUGCCUGUUUUCUUUUUCUUUGAGGUGAAAUUUUCAAAGACAGUGUAGCUAAGGGUCUGUCUCGAAAACUCCGGAGAGCCAGGCUAUAUGAAGAUCGCGACACAGUUGUUGGUCUUCCCUCGCAGAAAUGCCAGUGCGUGCUGUGACCACCAGGUUCAUGUACAAGGGACUUUGCACUAUUCCAGAUGUCCUCUCCUACCGGACCCCUGUUAACCUGCCUGAAGAUGAGGUGGAGGGUGAGUCUCGAAUAUCUCCCCGUUUUUCAUGUGAGGUUAAUGUUAAAGUUGUGCCAUAAAAAUGCAACGUUGAGAUGCCAAACUAGUCCAGGACCCUGGAGAGCUCCAGUCUUGGUAACCUCAUCUUCAGAUCUGUCUCUGCACUGAACUGUCUCACCACAGCAGAUUUUCCACAUUAGUAAGGGUUGAAACGCUUCUUGAAAUCGGAGACACACUGAAAAUGUGUGUGUGCUGCUCUGUGUUCUUAAUUCAUCUCUAAAUUUGUCGGUUUUUUUGCAACAAAAAGACAAAAUAAUACAUUUAUUUUCAACCUUUUGAGCAUUCAUUCAAGAUUUCACACUAUAUUCGAAUAUUUGUGGCACAAAACUAACAAUCCUCAAGUUUUUAAGCCUCAUUUUAAAUUCUUAGUUCACCUAAAAAGUCAAUCUAUGUCACCUGUAAUUCUGAUUGAUUCCACUAUAGCUGCAAGUUUGUGCUUGAGUGAAAUGAAUUCAAUCUGUACUAGAGAAAAAAGCAUUAAAAUGUAGAUUACAAUUUAAUAUCUAGAAAAAUCUCUCUCAGGUAAAAACAAAAACCCAUUAAUAAGAGCUGAGAUUGAUUUAUUUUUGCGCCUCUCAUCUCUUUCUCUUCCAAUCUUAUUCAUUUCUUAAUUACAAAAACUGGGCCUCGCUGCUUAAGAGAUUCAUUUGAGCAUGUUUCUGCUACAGUAACCGCUCAAAAGUGAGGUUUUGUUUGGUUCAAAUGGUCUCCACAAUGAGAAAGCACAGCUGGCAGUGAUUUGGAGCGAGGCCAGGCAGACUACAAUAAAGAGAUAACUCUGAUCAGAUUUGAUAUCAGGGAGUCUUUUAUGCGAAGGGAAUUCCAUUUCCCCUUUCUUCUGUGUGGAGGGCGCCUGGGCAUACAAGUGGCUGCCUGCCCUUGCUUUGAGUCAGGCGUUUGACAUUGAAAACCUACUAUCAAUCACCUACAAUAAAGACAUAACUUGAAGUGAAAUGUUUGCUGGAAUGUAAAAUGUUUGUUGCGGGAAAUGUCUGGUCAAAACCGCAGUUUCCUAAUUGAGAGCUAUUAAAUAUUCAGAACAUAGCAAGAUAGAGCAUCCAAGCGUGAAUGUAUUUACCCAGGGAGCACAUAAUUCACUGCUUCAUUUACACGGACUCACACCUCAGCAGUGCCCAGGGUAAACAGCAGCCUACCUUUUGUCACUGAGCAGCUCCUCCUGUAGAUAAAGAGCAUUAAAAAGCACUUGGUGUUUAGCUGUUUAAAGAGCUGGGAGAGUUUCUGAUUAUCAUCAGCCGGACUGAAGAAGGUCUGAAUCAGGAAACUCCUACAUAGACUGACCAGCCACCCGUUACACAGCCAGUGUUCCAGCUCUGCUCACAGUCUGGUAUAAGUCUGUGGAUAAAUGAAUGAAAAUGGCUCCAUUCUCCACCAGGGAAUGAAAUCAGCCUAAAAAUAUUGUGUAAUACGCAGGAAUCUUUAAUUACUGCGGGGCAGAAGUUGCUCAAAUCGUAUAAUUACUCUCUCUAAUCGAAGUCCCAAUAUUAGCUUUUUUUCCUAGCAUGGUUUGCAUAUUAACACCCAAGUUAAUGUAAUGUAAUGUCAUUUUCGAAGCAGAUCACAAACUCAUUAUCAGAUAUAUAUUUUAAGUUGAAGAUGACUUCACGACUAACACUAUUAAGAAGUUUUUUUGUAGUAUAUCCUCAUUUGACUUUAUAAAAUCAUCUUAAAUAAACCACGAAGAGAGAAGCAUGUACAGAAUCCUGUCAUUGACAUUCAGAUUUUAAAGUCAGGGCCCAUUUCUGCAAAAGUAACCUAGUGGUAUCAAAGCAUCUGGAUUGGCUCAAACCUCAAGAAUGGGAGAAGAACUAAGAAAUUGUAAGACUAUGUAAUCUAGUCUUGGUUUCUAUCAAUACUGCUGGUUUAAAGCAGUUUGUGUUGUUCAAAACUGCUGAAGAGGAUUUAAAUAAAUAAGGACUAUCCUAAACCCAGUGGAGAGCUUGAUUUAGGCUUGUUACAUAAAUAAAAAUGUAAUAAGACUUAACUUUAAACAUGUGUAACCCUACAUGAAUAACCAGACACCAAAUCCAGCCAAUUGGAGUUUAGACAAUAUUUAAUGUAAAUGUAAAACCACAAGGUCAUAUAGUACUCUGCUUUUUUUCCCCAGAGAAUGAUAAAAUCAGGACAUUUCUUUUUGUACUUUUUGUAAGAUCAGACCUUCACACUACAGAAAAAGUCACUAUCAGUGUCACUAAAUCAGGAGUAACUCUUGAUGACAUUGUUACAGACACAUGCUGACCAAAUUUCAGGGUGGCCACUGAUAAACACGACACACAAGGACAGGAGGACCUUGCAUCCUGUGCCGACACACAGUGCAUGACACACACGGCCUUCGAUAAACAGAUAAAAGUUCAGUUCAGUUUCCAGCUUGCAGUUGAUACUUUUUAGAGUUGAAGGUGUUGUGUACUCGAUUUGAAGCCUCAGAGCUAGACCUGAGUACAGAGCCGGUUAUAAUUACAGGGAGUUAAAUGAGUCACAUUUAGAUGGAACUGUCGAGGGAGGACACUGGAGUCUCACUGCAACAAUGAGAGACAAGAAUCUAAAGUAAAUAGAAAUAUUUUUUAUGCAGAGAAAAUGAUGUGGUAAUUAAGUGUUGGCAGAAAGUCUUUGGAGCGUAGAAUCUGUAGGGAGGUUUGAAAAUUGAAUGGUGUCUGCCUUGAGCAGCAGUAGCAGCAGGAUAUAUCCCCCCAUGGAGUCCAGGCACUCGUGGAAUAGGUAUUGGCUGAUGAUAUAUCUGCAAGUAACUAGGAGGGCUCGGUGGUGAUAGGGGAAUAAAAAAAAUAACAUGGGCUGAAAAGGUAAAUGAUAAAGCCUAAAAGUCAGGGGGUGUUGCAAUGGUAUUAGAUAGUUGAACCAGUUUGUGCCUCCAGGAAGAUAGGGGCAAGAGGAGUGUUGCAAAAUGUGUGAAAAUGAAAAUACAGGUUUGAGGCAUUACUUUUGCCAGAGCUAAAGUAGAAAACUCAGACUCAAAUUUUAAAAUUGAAGAGGAAAAUAUUAAAUCUAAAAAAAGAGUUUCUGCAAAAUGAAAAAUGAAGCUGAAGUGAAAGAAGGAGAAACUACAGUUCUUUGAGUGUUGAACUUGAGUGACCUUAACCACGUCUGAUAUCAAAAUGCCCAUUUUGUUUUAGGAGCGGUUAGCAUGAAAUAAACAUAUUAACAACCUGGUUCACAAUCAGAGGCACAGCUGAGUAAACCUACAGGUGAGCAUGUUAAAGCUGUUUUCACUGUUUGACCAAAAGAGAGGCUAAGUCAUCAUUUCCAAUAUGGCCACCACCAUUGUUGGGCUUCCUUGAGCUGCGUCCCCCCCAUUGUAGUCCGUAAUGGACUGGCCUGAGGUCUUGCUACAAAUAAGCAGCUGCUGGAAGAGAGUAGGUGAGUUGUGAGUCUUUGCAAAAAAAAUUAGGCAAAGUUAAAAAGAUGUUUGUGGCUAGUGCUGAGGCUAGGACCCUAUAUGUACUCUUGGUGAAGUUAGGUGCUGUUUUGAGCAUUAUUUGUGCCGUUUUGGUUGAGGUUUGUUUGUGGCUCCUCAGACUGCUGUGUAUUGCUAUCGUGCGGUCGUUUCUAAAGUUGGUAUAACUAGAGAAGCAAGUGGUCAGCAACAUUCAUCUCUUAAGGGGGUGUCUAACUUGGUGUUACAGUGUGUUUGACUCUAAAUUAAUUUCACGCUGAAACAUCCCUUAAAUUACCUUUAUUUUUUUUCUAAAUGUAAAAACUGAAGGUAUCGUGCAAGAAUUAACAAAUUUAAGAUAACAAAUAACUUUACAGACUUUAUUUUGAAUGAGUCUUGGUUCAACACAGCUUAUCUUCUGUUUUGACCAUGAUUGCCUUAACUAAACAGGCAUUGGCUACAUCAUUUGUGGCAAAUAAACAAGUAAUAUAUGUAGUUACUUGCCCUGAAUAGAGGGAUGAUUGUUUGUGCGGGCUGAGCUUUGGGAGGCUGAUGAAGUGCUCGCAGCUUUUAAUGGAUCUGCAGUUUCCAGGGAGCGUUUUUCGAACAGAUGUUGUCGAGGUGUGCAGGGUCAGUGGCGAGGCUCCCUGCCCUUUUCUUCACCCUUGUGUCAGGCAGUUGUCACAAACCCUGAUACCUAUUCAAACCCUACCUGGCUCUGUAUUUGUACGAUUUUCAUGUCUAAUCUUAUAGUACCUGAUCACUCUGAUUUACAAUUAUACAAUCUCCUGGUUUGAAAACUGGGCUAUUAGAUAGUCUCUCUGUUGUACACACGUAUAUCUCAAUAGAAGGAGAAAAAAAACAAUAUUCCCAUCAUAAAUCACAUCUACACAUGCACUUUUGGGGUUGUUAAUGUCAGUGGAAUAACCAUAAUCACCAUGUUAUUAAUAUUCAGCGCAUCCAUUUAGCAUUUAUGCGUGUAUUUACCCUGUGUGAGAGAGUUACUCUCAUUAUGCAUAAUUUUGUGGAUGUGGAUGCUGACAUUAUUCUGUGCCAACUCUCCCAGUUUUAAUGAGCACAGUAUAAAAACCAAGGUCCAGUGCCCAGUCUAGUCUGUUUUGCAUAUACUGCUGGGAUAGCUCAAUACGAAGAUGAUACUUUGACUUAUACAUUAGAAAGAAAAUCCCAUCACUGAAGAUAAUUGCUGUCAUACUAUAAAUGAAUUAAUUACCAGUCAUUAAUUAUGUGUAUGAACAGAUUGGUUUACAGUUGAGAUAUGGGUUUUAGUAAUGAUUGACAAUAUAUUACUUUGAUCAAUGUUUGACAAAUAAUAAUAAAUAACCCUCAAACACACACACACUCAUACCUUGCAGUAAACUGUCACACACUUUAAGCACACAUGUGUCGAGCCCAGAUAAGACACGGCUCGUUUUAUGGCUGAGCAGUUGUGACUCCCCGGCAGUUACACUCUUGGAGGUCUCUUGGAGCUCGUAUCACUCCUUGGUGCUUCGCUGACAGAGGAUGUGAGUAGUAUUUAUAGAUCACAGCCAGCAGGAGAAUCCCCCAGAUGUCAGGCAUUGUAGUGGAGUGUAGAGCGUCUUCCACUUUGUAUGCAAAGCUGGCGUCUUUUGUGCUCACAAACAGAGUAGGAUUUUUUUUUCAGACUGCAACAUCCUAUACAAAGGAGUAUAAGUGCUCUAUAGAGUAUUAAAGCAGUGUUGGGUCUUUACAUAUAGAUAGACGCUUUAAAUUUAGAGAGUUAUGUGUCAAGGUGGAGCUGGAGCUGCUUUUCUUCUACUUUCCUGUUGAAUAUUUCAAAGUAAACCAACAACAGAAAGGUAACACAGAAAACUACAAACAUGGCUCUUCAGGUUUCAUCUUGUUUCCUUUGGUUUCUUCUUUUUAUUUCACUCCUCUUAGAGUCACAGUCUCUAACAGCAUCCCUUCCCGCUGUUACGAGAUGUUAAUUACGAGACAGCGUCCUUUCUCUCUCCUUGUCUGAUUGUCCACAACAGCCAUAUUUCAUUUUCAUCAUCUCACUGAGCUGGGAAACACUCAGACGCAAACUAAAUAUUAUCUGAUGAAAAGUGAAAUGCCUUUGGACAAAAACAUUUCGCCUGUCUUUCAUUUACCCUUCGCUGGGAGGUGACAAAAGCUGAGGGUCAGUGACCCAAAGAUUCAAUUUAAGGCCAGUGAAUUGAAGGGUUCACAGCCUCACACAGGGACUUCUCUUUGUCAUUACAGGACAGGUGGACAUAAUCUGAGCUGUAGAAACAUCAGUUAAAACAGUGGUUCUCAAGUCCAGUCCUCGAGCCCCCCCGUCCUGCGUGUUUUGGCUGUUUCCCUGCUCCAACACACCUGAUUCAAAUGAUCAGCUCGUUAUUAAGAGCUUGAUAACGAGCUGAUCAUUUGAAUCAGGUGUGUUGGAGCAGGGAAACAUCCAAAACAUGCAGGACGGGCGGUCUCGAGGACUGGACUUGAGAACCACUGAGUUAAAAGAUGCUUCUGCAGUCAAAAACAGCUAAGUUUUACCUUCCUCCUGUGUUAGCUUUUACGACGCACCCACUCUGUUAUAGGUCGGUUUUGACCCAUGUCUUAAAUCAGCUGCAAAUUACACUAAAAACAUUUCUCUAUCAUCCAAGUUGGUUCUCAUCUCUAGGUUACCUUGUUAGGCUUCAUUAUCCAUGAAAAUAUUGCUUAUAAUAGUUUUUGUUGUGAUCCUCUGGGCCUUUCUUUGUCAGUAUACCCCUCAUACAGACAUCCAUACUGAAUUGAUCUUACAUGUCUUGACAUGCCGAACGUUGUUUUUUGUACAGGGAAAAACACGGCGAAAUGAGACAUGAGAAUUUCCUAAAUCUCACUUGAUUGGACGAGGAUCUGACUGUCAGUGUGAUGCCUGACAGUGCACUUAUGAUUUCAGUUUUUGCUCUAAUCAUUAGAUAUUGAUCUAACCAGGUCAACAGCGACCCUAACACAACAAGUGUCAUAAUUUUAAUAAGAGCAUCUUAUAAUUUAGUCAGUAUGAUUUUUCUGUUUUUAUUGUAUUUAAAUAGAGGUUUCUGACAAAGUCAAAAAGUCUUGAUGCAAAAAAGCUAAUUUAAGUGGUUCUUUUAAGCCUUUAAAAUCAGAUCCUGCAGACCCUAAUACAGGAGAGGGGUUUAAUAUUUAAAGAUAAUAUCUUGGAAAUAUGCAAGUUAAGAUAACAACACAAGCAGAAACAAUAACAUCUCAGAACCAAAGAGAGCAGCUGGACUCAAAGCCUCUACUUUAUCUCUGUAUUACUGUCAUUUUACAUGUUGCCCAGGAAAAGUAAAUGUCACGUAAUUAAAACUGCCUGCUGAUAGCUGCUGGUAAUGUGGGAAUAUUUCUUAGCACUUCUUGACAGCAGGAGUUUCUUUAGCUGCAGGGCUUGUAAACCAAGUCUUCCCUCCUUCUCUUGUUACUGUGUUUGUUUAUGUUGGUAUAAUAAUCUAGAGAUGCUGUACGUCUAGUAUCACAGUGAGGUUGAGAGUAAAUAAAUGUUUAGGACCUGGAAUGAUAGGAUGAUUGAUAUUUAAUGUAUGCAUGGUGUUAUAAAGCUUUUCUCAGGGAGGGAAUUGUGUUGUGUGUGUGAGGUGGACAAACUUUGAAUAAUUCAAGACAGAAAAGGAUGUGGAGCUAAACGGUUUAAAAAGUGAAAUUAAAUAAACUAAAUAUGAAAGAUAUUCUGUGUACUGUCUGUGACAUCUACAAAGACAUCACUCAAUCUUUGAACACAUCUUUAUACGCAUAGCCCCAAACCACAAUAAAAGUUUUCUUUGAGAUUUUGACUUUGAGUUGGUCUAACAUGUUUCCACAUGGGCAGACAAAUGGUAAACCAUCCCCUUCACUAGUAGGACUCAAUGGUGGACAGCCAUCUACAAUAAUUAGAUUAGAAAAUUGAAGGAAAUGAUGAAAACAAAAAGAGAAAGAGGCGACACACAGCAGCAAAAAACAAGCAAAUUCAGAAGAGCAAAAAACUGCAGUUCCUUUAGUGCUGCCUGAGGUCUGACUACAAAAGCCAAAAGCUGAUUUUUACAGCAGAAUUAAAUGGGUGUACAAUCUGUCCCAAACAGCUCAUUUCUGUACUGUUGCACAGUUUAUGGUGUUGAAUUUUUUAUUAGCCUCCCAUUCUGAAAGAUAUUAAGGUUAAGAGAUUCACAUACAUUUGCAUAAUUAGAGGUGUAUUUACGUUCACCAGGAGGUUAUUGCCUGCCAGGUGGCCAAAUGUCCGACUAACGUCCACCUCUUUGCCUGAUGGACAGUUAGGUUAAGUCAGCAUUUCCAGUAUGGCGUCUGCGUAUUGGAACGUAUGGCUUUUUGUCACAUCAGAAACAACUGCAUUUAUGGUUAUAUUGUUUGGAUUGUGGUCGUACAUUAGUUGUGUUAGCUCGCACCACCAGUCUGUGGCCCUCGGCUGCAGGCUAAAAAUCACAUGCUACAGUCAUAUGGUAACAGGCCAGUUUAACCAGACACAGUCUGCAAACAACUAGAUCAAAAUUCUGCUGAAAUGGAUCUUGUAACAUGAUGCACUCUGCCAUCUGUGUUUGGUAGUAAUGGUUGGCGGCUGUGCGGCACCUCAGGCACAACAUACGACCCGCAUUUUUGGCCAACAGAUAUCAACAUAUUAAUAAUUUGUUCAACCAGUAUGACACUCUGGUGCAGGUUCACAACAGAUUAUUUAGUUGACUAAAUGCAUACAUCCGUUAUCAACAAACAUUAUGUAACUGUGAGGAUUUUGAGUAGAGUUUCAUACUUUAAUUCUGCUGCCUUUAAAGCACUUAUGAUGCGGAGUUUGAAAAGUAAUGACCAAUCAUGACCAAUUUUCACAAACAACAGUAUUUUAAGUCUGAGAUUUAUUUAAAUUGAAAGGUCAGGUUGUUGUUGUUGCCGUAAGAGAGUACCUGAUUCAGUCUGAUUCUUUUUCUUGUGAAAUAUGCUCGAUACUUUUAUUUACAUCCUUCUCACCUCAGCAGCUGGCUACAUCUUAAACCGAGACAAAAGAUCCAGUUUGAUCCUGACUAACAAAAGAAAUAGGAGGAAAAAACCCAACUCUCCUCUUUCCUCUGUUUGAAUUGGUUCUCAGUUUUUCAGCAUUACUCAACCACCGGCCAAGCAAUGCAUAAAAAGAAACAACUUAAUUUGACAUAUGUUCUUGACAUAUGGAGUAAUUGUUUUCAGAUUACAGAUGAAAAGUAUCAGGAGCAAUAGUCUGGUGAUUGAAGUCUGCCUGCUGUUGUUCUCUGCUCUUCAGUUCCUGUGGAGCAAUGAGUCCUCUUCAUCUACCUCCUGCUGAAUUAACCCUAUUACAGUUUCUCUGCAAAGUCAGGAUCAUUACUGAAGGUGAGGGAGGAUUCAUGCUGCAAACUGGACAAUCUCUGCAAGGUGGCAUAUGGUGGAUUUCUUUGCUAGGAAGACAGCAACUGUUUUCCCUGGACCCCCGAUUUCCUUUUUAGUUUAUCCACAAUCACUGCCCAAAAAACUAUGAUUGCAAAAACACAGUUUGAAAACUUUCUUUCCUGGUAUUGUUCAAUUCCUCCCCUUGUUCGCAUUUAUUUGGUACCUCUCAGGGGUAUGUCCAGACUUUUUUGGCCAAACUGACCCAUGUCCCUGAUCUCUCAGCACUGCCACUUGGUGGGCCUGAGCUUGAAUAUGAAAACAGAGGAAGACACUUGAAUCUUCAUUAAGAAAAUACCGUAUACCAUACACUGCAUUUAAUUUAUUUGUCCCGCAGAGAGAUUUGUCUUCAUUGACAGUACAUAGCACAUCACAAACAACAACAGACACUUCAUACACACCACCAACAAUAAAUGACAUACAUAACAACAAUGAUGAUAAACUUAAAUGACAACGCAGGAGACAGACUGAUCAGCGCCCUUAAAGUCUAUCAAAAAUAAAAAAAUAUAUAUAUAUUGGCUAAUCUUGAUAUGAGAUGUAAACAGAACUGAGUGAAAACACCUCUUCAUAAGUGGUCAUUCAGCUUGUUAGAGGAAUACUAAAAAUAGAGGUCGAUGUAAUGUCAACAACAGUUGUAAAGCUCACAGAAACAUGCUGCUGCUGCUGACCUGAAACACAUCUCAAUGUGUGCUUUGAAAAGUCCGUUUCCCAAGUUUAACACUGACCUGAACUCCAUGAGCUGCAUUUGACUGAGACAGUUUACGCUCGCAGCUCGAGUCGUUGCCAGGCGUAAUAAAGAGAUUUAAUUUCAGUGACAAUCACUGCAAACUCCAUGACCAAAAAGCUCUAUUGUCAGAGCUGCACAAGCUGUCAAAGCUGCUCCACACCAUAUAUACAAACUGCCAGUGCGCAGAGGGCCCUCCAUUAACAGUGACUAAUGAAUAGUUCUGGCCGUGGUGGAUAUUUGAUGAUGUUAUGAACCUCACUCAGUUUAACGAUGGGUGAAGAUAGUUCUCCAGCAUUGGUAAAUUGUGUAUAACUGAGAUAAAGCCUAUUUGUCUGUUUCCUUAUUGGAAACGUGGUUGUAAUUGCACUGGCUUUAAUAUAUGGUGGCUGCUAGGUGAUUUUUCUGUUUGUUUGUUUGGGUUAUCUUACUCUUAAUGUGUUUCACAGUCUUGUUUGUUAAUGCCCUCUGCUCAGCCCUUUUUUCUUUAUUGUUUUUUUAACUUUUUGGAGGCUGUGGAAACACGUGCCAGACUUCCAUCAGUCGACAGUCUUGAUGCCGUCUCAGCACAAAAACCCAUGAAAUGGACUCCAAAUGUGUCAUCAAACACUCUUCCUGACAGUAAUGAACUAUUAAUUUUAUGACUCAAUGACUAUGAGUUUUCUUGGAGGAUCUUGACACAAUCCUCUUACAUGCACGAUUUGGUACAAUGCAGCUCAGUUUAGUCACAGUUACAGAUUUUAGAUGAUGAAACUUUUCCUCUUCACUUCUGUGUAAAAUCAAGUCUAUUAUCUCCUCUAAAAAUUGAUUCUCCCUUCUAUUAAGAAUGUCUGGUGAGCUCAAUUUGGCGUUUUUUUUUUAGGGACAUUAAGAUGAUGCACAACACUGUUUUCUUUCUCAGGGUGCUGUGUUUGUCUCCUCGCUCGGCUCUGAGCCAUUAUUUGGGAUUUCCCCAAUUAUUCAGUUCAGAGAGCUUGAAUGGCCUUUUUAGCCCUGCCAGUGGCACUGACACUCUGCCAACACGCAGCACUGAGCUUCUUGGCAUCAGCCUUAGUCAUGGCUCCUUUUCAUGGACAUUUUUAGCUGCACUGACCAGCAUGAAUCAGUGCACGGUUGGUCAGAAAGGUCAGGGGGACCUGUUUGUUUUUAUGUUCUGUUCGCUCGGAAGGUCACAAGACUUUUAAGUCCAGGGUUUAGAUCUCUCUGUCAACAGAGGUGCGUCUCUGAUGUUUGAAACAAAUAUAGAACAGGCUCCCAAGAUUACGCCUUCAAAGUCCAUAAACAUCUGUAAUACUGAGAUGAUGUGUGAAACAAGCUUUAACAAACUGCCCUAACUUGCAGAAUGAAUGAACAUCAGCCGGCCGGUUUGCUCUCCAGGAAACAAUCAGCGUCAUGAUUCCUUUGGCAGCUGGUGACAUAACCUGCCGUGAAAUUGUCAGUCAAUAUUUCAUUUUCUUCUUUCAUGGCAGAAUUUGAUGAAUCGGUUAUAUCACUCAUGUUUCACAAAGCUAAAAAGGUUCCUUAAUGUAGCACUGUUCUGCUGUAAUUUCCUUUUCUCCUCUUUCUUUGCCUCAAGCGACUCAGUAUUACAGCAUCUGUGAUUCUGCAAAGUUUCAAAACAACAAAACAAAUAUUUCUUCCGCAGUUACCUUUCAAUAUGAUGAAGCACCUGUCACCUGUAUGUACAAAAUUCAUAUUUGUUCAGAUGAAAAGAGAUUAUUUUCUGAUCUAGACAAAGGUGGAUACAUAUUUAUGACCACUUGAUGCAGGUUUGCACAGACCAUCAAUAAACCAGUGCUUCAUAAGAUUUACACCAAAGACGUUCAGAUAUGUGCUUAGGCUGGGAAAAAUAAACGUAUGCUUUGCAGAGAAACCAUCUUUUAUGAAGUAAUGCAGACUGAUGACUUAGUCUGGCUAUAAUUUGUCUUGUUUGGCAUUAUUGAUUCAUAUGUUGUAUGAUGGCUGCACAAUAAACCAAACCUUAAUUGUUAUAGAAAUAUGAGCCUCCUGAAUGAACAAACCUCAACUGUUCACACUUAGUCAGACACCUUAUUCAAUAAAAAACAAUACUUUCUGACAAAGUAUGCAUGCAUUGUAUCUUUUGGUUAUGGUCCUUGGUUUAAAGGCCUGUGCUGAAACAGCUUUUACGACUUUUAGUGCUUAGCAUACUGAGCUAAAACCUGCUCUCAGCAGCCACUGCAUUCAGAGUGCUCCUGAUUAGAUACAUAGAAUGGAUACUGGGCUGUCCAUUUUAAUAUGUGAAGCCAAAAUACAGCCUCUAUGGGCACUGACAUGUUGAACCAGGGAAGCCUAGGAAUGCACACAGGCAGGGCUGAUGCCACACCUCCUCUACAAAAAGCCAGUGCUCCCUCAGGUUGGUACAGUCUGCACCAGAUUAGAUUCUUGUGUUGAUUUGCAGUGCACAUUUACAGUUACAGAAAGUUAAAAGACUCUUGUUUUUGACCAGUUAACUAAUGAAAAUUAAGUUUAUCAACAACAACAACAACACAAAAUUUAACUAUAAACCAGAAUGAUAUAAAUUAUCUGCUAUGACAGAAAUCCUGUUUGAGAAAAAACACAUUAAAGCUCCUGUGAGGAACUCUCAGUUUAUGUCAAGCAUGGCGCCCCCCUGUGGACAAAGCAGUCUUUACUUUGCUUGUCUUCUACAUGUUUAUGCUGAGUCUUAUGAAGAAAAAAAAAAAAAAACUCCUCAGAGGAUUUUAAAAGUGGAGUUUAAUCUUUGAGUUUGACUCAUGUCCCUUCUGGUAAAAUGAAAGUUUAUUAGCUGUAUGAUCCAGUUACUUAGAGGAGCUCUUAAAAUCAUGGCUUCCUCCAGAAUCACUGUUGUUCUGUCUAGCCUACUGUAGGCUACAUACAGUCAAAUGAUUCAACUUUUCAAACACAAAAGCGUCACUUCUCCACCAUGGAUGAAUUAAAAUAAAGACGAGUAGGACUGCUGAGCUGAAUUAUGUCAACAUCGAUGAGGAAGGUUUUUCACAGAGGACAAACCAACCACACGUGAGUUAAUGAAGAUAGGUUUAAGGGAUUGUGUUUAACUUAUUUAUUUAGUUAAUUAUCACAAUGAAACACUAAUACUUCACACAAUGAAGGAAAGUGUACAGUAGUUGCUGCUAGGCAUUUUUCAUAACUUGGCAACAAUUAGUGCCAGUUAGAAAAGCUCAGAAAUGGAGGUUAAGGGUAUCGCCAGUGCUAAAAUGUUCUUAGUGGUUAUAGGCUCUAAUAGUUGCGCUUUCAUUAGAUGUGAUGCAGUCAAAAAGUUUAGCUAACCUCAGAUUUAUUCGUGCCAAUUCAGAAAUGCUUCUUGGUUUAUUUGUAUUUUUCAGGAAAAUGUUGCAAACACAGGUGUUGUGUUAAUACAAUAAACAGCAGAUGGCGGUAAAUACUGUCUGCUAAAGCUCACAUUUUUUUCUGUCGUCUGUCAUUUGAUUAAAUUGUAGUUCAGAUUUCAUGUCUGAUACCUCGUCUUCCCAAGCUGGCUAGGUUUUUGUGCUUUUUCCUCAUGUCUUAAUCUAUUGCAUUGUAAACAGCUGGCCUAUAAAACACUGUAUCUGUCAUCAUUUCAAAAUCAUUUCUGCAACACACACUAAAACACAUCCCAGGUACACAGAACGUCCAUAAUGUCUGAGCUUUAUUUAACAAUGUUUGCUCCAAAAUUUGUUGUCGUCGCUGAAUUAAGUGAUGACACAACAUGCCACAAAGUAACCUCAACAAACCAAAUAAACUACAUUCUUGUAUCUGUCAUAUUUAUCAUAUUUAGACAACCUGAUUAGAUUUGUUCAUGAUUGAAUGUCCAUGUCAGUGACUGCUUUGAAAGAUACACAAAGAUAAUUCAUUUCCAACAAUCAUGUCGAGCAGAUUUGUCAUUGUGGGCACGCCCAUGUGACCAUGUUUGUUCAUUACCCUUGGUUUGACUGUGAACACGAUGACGUAUUGUGUUUGACUCACUGUUACCGUCAAUGCCAUUACCUCAAAGACUACAGGCACACUGACGUCUUUAAUGACCGCUGUGCCACAACAUCUCUGUCACUGACACCGACUCCAGCACUAAGAUACUUAACACGAGUAUUAAUGAGGUGCUAAACACCGCUAAAUGAGUCGGUAUUUAUAAAUGCUCUGAAAUCCCCCCUGUCAGCAGACGGAACUCUAAAAAGUUCCUUCAUUCAGACCUUGAUUAUUUUGCUGCUGCAGGGGAAAUGUUGGUUUAAUUAAAACGAUGGUGAGCAUACAGUGCAGGGAGUUUCUAGGCCUGGUUCUGACUCCUGAUAAACCAGACGAUGAACCCUCAGGGUGGUGCGAGGUUACGCAGAUUUUCUGAUCAAGAAAUCAUAUUGGGACAAAUAUUGAGACUCACUGUUGAGUGUUUUCUGCAGCAUCUAAAAGCUCAGUUUAGGCAGAUUUGCUAAAUUUAAAACCAUGUUAGCAGUUCUGUAGUCAUAUCUGUCAGGUUUUUUAUGCUAAAUAGUACUUAUUUAAGUUUUUAUAUGAGAUUGCAUGACGGACAGGUCUCCUGUGCUGUAUUUCUUCUGCAGUGCACCAUAUGGUGUUUAGAUUACGAGCCUACUUUCUGUAUUCAACAUGCAGGUAUGAAUUAACAUCCUUAGGGGCCCAUAAAGAAAUGAAUAUAUGAACAUUUCUUCUCUGAAGUUUUGGUGAAGAAAUGUCCUUCUAGAAAUAAAUGAUUAACUUUAAAAAUAUGGUGAAGAAUUAUGAUGUUAUAUAAAGAAAAAAGCAAACAUCUACACCUGGAAAGGUAUUUAUUCUGACUCUUAUCAGGAGAAACCAGAGGAUCCACUUCAUAUGAGGCUAUAAUGAAUUCUGCUUUGUUCUUUGAGGUGAAACAUUGUCGUGUCCCCCGGGGUAAAAUGUGUACAUUUUUUGAAUAUUCACUCCUCACUCUGGGAAACAAUCAGUAGUCCAGCCACUUCCCCGCUCUCUCAGUGAAUUCAUUAUUUGUCGCUGGCACCGGGGGUCGUGACAUUGAAUCUGGGGUGGAGCUGCAGGGAAGAUAACAAAACUGAAGCAGCACUGCUGGCUGUAAUUUAGACAAAUAUGUUGUGUCUCAUAUGUCAGGGCUCGGAGCAGACUGUGUCACCUGUUCAGUUCAAGAGGACCUCGAUAAGUGCGCCACAUCCCAGCCUCUUUACCACAUUUUCUUCUCUUUUUCUCAGAAGGCUGUAAACUGUCUCUGCGGGCCUUGGCUUGUAAACUGUCAGUCAUUCAUGGGCACAAGAUAGAUGGUCACCACUUGUCCACUUGUCGGCCUGCAUGCAAAUUACAGGUGGUGUUUUCUCAAUCACAUCCUUGCAUUUAAGAUUGUUUAUUAGUCAUUUGGGGAGGCAAUCAGUAUGAUUACACGCUUGAUGAAGUUGAAAUUAUGUUGCUGACAGACUUUUUAUUUGGCAGCAGUAAUAAAGUAAAAGACAUAACGUGUUGACAUUGACUUGUUCUUCUCAACAUAUGUCCUCUGUUACUAACAUGGAAACAUAGUUAAGGCUCAUUUCUAUCAGGCUGCAUUUAUUAUAAUUGCUCAUCUUGUUUUAUCUGAUCAUACAGUACAUGACUACGGAGCAUCCGUUGAGGACUCUAGUAUAUAUUUGAGGAUCUACAUCAAAAAGAAACCGCCGAGUGUCUGCGCCUUUGAUGUGCAACUGCUCUUUUUAGCACUUCAAACAGAAUAAUGUAAUGCAGGGUGAGGACAGGAGCCAAAUGGCAAUGUUUAUGGAUUAUUCACAAAAAAGUUGUUGUUCAUAAUGAACAUAUGAACCUGCUCGCUGCCUUCUGUCACAGUCGAUUGUGCGAUGGUUGUUGUAACAGGUGUUGGCCCUGAAGGUGUCUGCUAGUUCCCAUCUGAAGCAAACAAGAGAUCAAUCUUAUGAUCACAGCUGUGGAACAUAAUAGGACAGGUCACUUUACAGCCGAUUCAUAAUUUAAGAAUUGUAAAAUGUUUGAGUGAAAAAAAUUAACAUGAAAUUUGAAAAAAACAUAUUUUUGGGGGGGAAAUCUUGGUCUAUUUAUUCAGUCAAUCCUCAGCAGCUGAUCAGUGAUGACAGGACAGUUUUGUUCCUGUAGUGAACACAGCUUACCAGACACAAAACAACACUUUUCACCAGUAACCAGAGUUUGACUGUCAAAACUGAAAAUCAAAGGUCAAACAGGACUUUCAAAAGUUGAAGUAAAAAACACGGUGGACUGCAGGAGCUAAAUGUUGCUAAUUGCUUAGUUUCCUGUUUUAUUUAUUGGUCCACAGGUAGCUUUUCAGCUCUUCCUCCUACUGUGUAAACCCUUGUGUUGUUGCCAUUUAUCAACAAGCUGUUUCUUCAGUUUCUGAUGUUAGUCUAUGGAUGUGUCCUAAAUGAAUCACUCAGUCCCUAACUCCUAAGCCCCCGUACGGGGUUUCACUAUAUAGCUGACUAUGUAGUGAGCUCAGUCACUGGAGGUUUCGGACACUACAUGGUGCACCGGUGAGACGUCACUGCUCAGACUGCCGCUGGCGACACAAUGCAUGACGGGAUGCCCACCACCGGUGAGUGACCAUCGGAUGGUCACUAUAUUUUGCAAUACUCUAUGGGAAAUUUUGAGUCGCCUAUAUGGGGCAUUGGAAUUGAUCACUCGCUAACCCCCAUGUAGUCACCUAUAUAGGGGUUAGGGAUCCAUUUCGGACACAGCCUUUGAUUUACAUUUACUGUAUUUUUUCUGUCUUCAGUCAGCAGGCUUCUCUGAUUUAAAGUUACAAAGGUUAGGGCAGCUCCUGUUGUCUCCAGCACAGACUGGGGGAAAAAGUCCCCCCUCACACACCUCACAGGACAGGAUAAUCUGGGAAGAUUAUCCUCAGAACUGUCCGAUAAUCAGGCUUUUACUGACCUUUGUCAGAGGAGGGGAACUGGCCCAAAAACUUGUGGGGUGUAUCCUGUUUUAAUCGUGCAUUUAACUUGUUCAUAAUAGGCAAGUAAGGACAGGUCAUGACAGUCCAAAACAGAGCAAAUUCUUGUGGUAACCUAAAGCAGAAGCCCAUGGGAAUUUAUCUGUUGAAGGUUUUCUUAUAAACAUUGAAUAAAUAAUCAAAAAUGAAUUUGUCACCCUGAGACAAACUCAGCAUAAUAAGAACUCAUUUUAAAGACAGUACCCACAAUUAAGAGAAUUUCAUUUGACAUCUUAUAUAUAUUUGAGCUUGGUUCCAUCUGUUAACACAAUGGAAAUGAAGAGAACAGUUAACACUGCAGCCCGUCACAGGGAGAACUCUGAUGGUGUGUACGUGAAACUACAGCCUUUGACUCUUGGGUGGUAAAUCUUUAACCAACGGCCUCCAUAAUGUCACAGACAUGAAAUACAGCCACUGCCUUUAUUCAUGGUACUGGAUUAUUAAACUACAGCCACUGCCUCCCUCCAAGGUACUGAAGAAAUAAACUAGUGGUUUUUCCUCUAUCAAUGAUCCUGAAGUAUUUAACUACUUGAAGAUAGAAGGAUACUUUAUUAUUCCCAGAGGUCGUCGUCGUCGUUUUCUUCCGCUUAAUUCAAAGCUCUGCCUCUAACCAUGGUACUAAGCAGUAUCUACAGUCUGUGUCUCUGUCCAUGGUACUAAAACAUUAAACUACAGCCUCUGCUUCUAUCCAUGGUACUAAAGCAUUUAACUACACCCUCUCAGUCUAUCAAUGGUGCUGAUACACUUAGGUGAAGCUCUAUCCAUGGAACUGAAACAAACCGCAGUCUCUAUCUCUGCUCAUGAUGUUCAGCACUAAACUACAGCCUCUGUAGUUUCUGUUCUGUUCUGUUCUGUUCUGUUUACUGGCUCUGUUUGGCUUUAUUAUUUCUCAUACCUUCUUUUUGUUGAAGCAUAAAUAUUUUAAAAAACAGAGAUUAUACCACUGAGGCUAUGACUCCAUCCAGCUGUGUGGAUCAGUCAAUCAUAAACACAGAACUAAACCAGCUGGCUGCCCGACACCAUUGUGUACUUCAAGUAAUAAGACCAAAUAAAUAUACUGUCCUGUUUGUUUUAUACUUGAUCAAGAUUUUCCAUUUUCCUUUUUCCACAGAGAUCCGUGAGGCUUUCAAAGUGUUCGACCGAGAUGGUAAUGGCUUCAUCUCAAAGCAGGAGUUGGGGAUGGCGAUGCGCUCACUGGGCUACAUGCCCAACGAGGUGGAGCUGGAGGUGAUCAUCCAAAGGCUGGAUAUAGAUGGUAUGUUCCUGUCUCUCUCUAUCACUCUCACUCUUUUCUUCAAGUGUAAAGUAAAAAUUAGUUGUGCAAUAACUUGCUUGUUUUUUGCUUGUUUCUUUAGGUGAUGGUCAGGUCGGCUUUGAGGAGUUUGUCACAUUGCUUGGUCCAAAACUCUCUUGCGCUGGGAUGCCUGACAAGUUUCAUGGAGCAGACUUUGAUUCAGUGUUUUGGAAGGUAAAUGUUGUUACCUGUUUCUGCUUAAAGUUAUUUUCUGUCACCUAUAUUCAUUAACACAUUUGAUUUCCUUCCUACUGUUGUAAAAAGCAAUCUGUCCAUUUUUUUUAACAAAGCAGCGCCAUAUAAUGUAAAUUUGACUAUUUCUAGCAUUUUUACCAAACUUUUAUGGCAGCCCAUUUCUGCUUGUUAAAAAAAGAAAGAAAACUGAGACCAAGCCUUGGAAAAAGAUGCCCCAAGUCUCGGGUCAUUAUUGUGAAAUAAAAAUCUAAAUUGUAAGAUAAAAGGUAAAUAUUUGAGUGAACAAAAAAAAAACAACUCAGGAAUAUUUUAAGACAGAGUUGAAUAUUUGAGAUGAAAAAUCAAUAAUUAUGUGGUGAAAAGUCAAAAUAACGAGGAAAAUGUCGGUUUUUUAUGAGGCAAAAUAAUGACAUGAAAAGUCAAAAUUAUGAAUUAAAACAGGAAAAAAUUGGGGAUAAAAAAACAAUAAUAGACAAAAUGUCAACUUAAAAAGAAAAACAUCAUAAAUGUGAGAUUAAAUUCAGUUUCAGGGAAUAAGUUGUAAAAACUAUUUAAAAAGUUAUUUCAUUCUUAUUUCUGUAACAAUAAUAUUAAUAAAAAUCUUCUCAUCAUAUUUUCUUUAAGCACCUCAUAGUUAUGACUUUUUCCUUUUUAAAUUGCCUUUCAUAAUUUUCACUCUUCAUCUCACAAUCUGGACUUUAAACCUUGUAUUGUGUCUUACUGGCUCAUUAUUUCAUCUGUAAAUCUCCUUAUUAUGACUUUCUGUUUUACUAUUUUGACUUAUCUUAUAUCCAUCACCUACUUUUCACAGUAAUUUUUUACCUUUUGUUUUUCUUUUGUGAUUUUUAUGUCUCACUUACCUCAGUCUUUAAUCCUUAUAAUCUCUUACAGGCAGAAAUUGGCUUCCAUACAUAAUGCAUUGAACUCCUGAAUAAAGUAUAGGUCUUGAUAUGAAAAUAGCCCGUGCUUCGCUCUUGUAAUUACCGUAGAGUAGUAGUAUCCUCAAUCCUUGCAUUAAGUUGCAUCACUGAAUAAAUUAGUGCACUUUAAACGUACGAUCAUUUGGAGCAACAGCACACUGGAAAUGUAUGUUUUAUAGCCAGGAGCUGCUGCGUACUUUCACUUUUUAUUGCUGACCUUCGGCGUAUUUACAUCACUGAGAGACAUGGAGAAAGCAGUUUUAACUACUAAUGAGACCUUUUUUAUCCUGUCAGUGUGACAUGCAGAAACUGACAGUAGACGAGCUGAAGAGACUGCUUUACGAUACUUUCCGAGACCACCUCACCAUGAAAGACAUCGAGAACAUCAUCAUGACAGAGGAGAGCCACCUGAACAGUCCAGAGUGUCAUGUGGACAUCGACAGUAAGUUCAUAAAGAUUUAAAAAUGCAAGCUUGUACAACAAUUCUUAAAUCACUGUUACCCUCUAAGAAGUGUGUGUUUUUUUUUUUUUUUCCACAGCAAGCCCAACACAACAGGAGAAACACACGUGUGUGCGUAAAAGCCUGAUUUGUGCCUUCGCCAUUGCAUUCAUCAUCAGCGUUAUGCUCAUUGCAGCAAAUCAGAUGCUUCGCAGAGGGAUGAAGUAAAGUUUUUUUGUCCAGUUAUACGUGAAGACAGGCAAUGAAAAGCAAACAUUUACCAAAAAAAAAGAGGUUUUUGAUUGUCUUUAAGUUUUGUGAAAUGUUUUCAAUGUCCAUGCUUACACAGCUUCUCAAACUAAUGGGAGAAAUGAUGUCAUGCAACAUUGUAUGGUCAGUACCCAAUGCACACUAGCGUAAAGAAAGACAGUGUAUAAGUAAGAGAGAGAGAAAUACCAAGGGCUGAUUUGUUUCCUAAAACAGCUGUGCCACAUUGAUUCAAAUUUUCUGAAGUUUUUAGAAAACUGUUUGCUAGAAACGCCGAGUUUAGAAGACGUCAAUAUUUCAGAGCACAGUGUGUGCUGUAGUUAGAGCUGUGCUGUAUCCAAUAUAUAAAAAUUACCUAUGUUGUGUAUGAGAGCGCUAAGAUUUGCAGUGUGCUCCAGUAACGGUAGCAUUGAGGGGUAGCAUUUAUAAUAAAGCAAUACAAAAGUGUUGGUGUGUGUAAUGUCAGGUUGUUUGAGUUCAUUUACCAGAACAUCAGUUCCUGGGUGGGUUUCUACAGGAGUCAGUUAGAAACUAAUGAUCUAAAUCUGAACAAAAUACUCCUGUGAUUUUAAACAAAACAUUUUUCCUUCCCCAAAGUGGCAAGCUUUUAAAUCAAAUAAAAAACAACUGAAGUUUUAGUCAAGCUGGCUUUCAUGAUAGUGCUGCACUUGAAGUGGCAGUUUGGUUCACUUUAAUCCAGUCUUUUUAACAAGUCUAUAAUCAUGAGUCCUGUGGGAUUAAUCUGAAAGACUGGAGUUAGCCUCCACUACAGGAAAGAGAUUUUAUUAGAUACAGGGUGGAUUAGCACAAUAUUUGGUAGACCUUUAUCAUGUCCCGAUGACACACGGUCAAACACAUUUAUGAUUCUGUGACACUUUCAUUUGGUUUAGUGAAUACUGUAAAAACUUCUGAUUAGCCUAAGCUCCUCUUUAUUUAAAGUGAUGAUAAAUCUGAACUUAGGUCGCAAACAUGAUGAACAUUAAACUCACUAAACUUAGUAUGUUAGCGUUGUCACUCAGAGCAUUUUGCCAAGCUAGCAUUAGUAUUUAGCCACAGCUCUGCUAUCCUUGGGUAAGACCCCACCAUGCUGGCAUGGUUGUGAACUUUGGUCUUCGUAGGACUCUGGACUAGAUAAGGAAAGUCAUGUUAAUAUUUAUAAAGUCUGAGAAUAACAUGUAAAGUGUUCCAUGCAACAAUAUGAAUUCAUCAGGUGCUCUGCUCUCUUACAUUUAUUCGGUGCUGCAAAAAACAGCAACUUUAAAUGUUAAAAUACAUCAUAAUCUUAUUCUGCAAAGUUUGGCUCUGUUUCAUUUAUCGUACGUAAAGACAUAAUAUUCUUUUCAGAAAAUAACAGUCACUGAAUCAUUUAAGUUUUCACCGUGACAACUAUGAGAACUCGAAGACUGGAAUAAACGUGAGCAAGCACAGAAACAUGCUACAGAGCAGCAGAAAAGAAAGACUGAAAAAAAAAAGAUAUUAGAAAGAACAUGGGAUCAAAACCUGUGACCCUUAACUAAACGCUGUCUACUCCAGUCAUCUGAGCUGCAGAAAAAUCCCACAAUCCAUCUCUCCAAACACGUCUGUUUCACAGGGACUGAUUGGUUUUCUUUAAAGUCCAUAAAAAGCCGUCUUGGCUGAGCAGUUUGCUAUUGAUUUGUUAAUCAAGGAGCUGUUUUUCCCCUGUUUAAAAAUGUGAACAGUUAUAGAUUAGGGGAUGAAAGUGAAAAGACCCCUAAAGUCAAAAUAGAAGUCACAAUAAAAGCAAUAUCAGUCAAAGGUGUGUUAGAAGCCACGGCUGGAAGACAAAUGAUCUCUUGACCAACAGACCAUAAAACUAGUGUUUCAUACAGUGUGCAAGAAAUAGAUGCACAAUGUGGCAUUUAUAAAACCUCUGCCUUCAUAUCAGACACCAAAACAGGUCCUUAAGAGUCUUAAUGAAGUAUAAAAUAGUUGCUACAUGAGCCAACCUACCAGCUGUGAAGUAUUUCAACCACAUUGAUUUUAAAAGUUUCAUCAAAGCUCGACGUUAAAGAUAAGAUUUCUGGUAAAUGAGAUAGAGAGAUAAUCAUUUCACUCAUGCUUGCAUGUACAUAAAAAUAGAAAUUAAUGUGAGUUCUAUGUGUGUGAGAUCCAAUUUUGAAUAAUUCAAUAAUUAUGCAAUUUGUAAAGUGAUCAUUGCAAAAAGAAAAUCUCAGUAUCUGACAUUUUCCUGUAAAUGUCAUUUCUUUUGUGGGUGUGCAGACUGUAACAGUACUAAACACUUGGCAGUAUACUGUGAUGAAUGAUUUAACAUAUCAUGACGAAUGUUGUUUUCUGGCUUUUACAUGGACCACCAAAACAACAUAUGAUUUAAAGUAUUACAUGAUUAUAUUUUCUUACUUGAGCGUGAGGUUGAAUCUAUAUGAUUUUAUUAUGAAUGUAGACAUAAUGAUUUGUAUAAAACAAAAACUCUACAAAAACAUAAUCAGGUUUCUGAUGUAUGAUUUUCAGCUUGACUGGACGUUCAGAUACAAGUUCUCGUGUGUAUCAAUGCCAUGCACUUUCAUCAACUCUCCUGAUAUGUUAGAGUUUAUUUUGUAGGAUGUUUCUUUUACGAAUAUUUGUCAAAAAUGACGUUUUAUUGAAUGCUAUAUUUUUUUCUUGCUUUUUUUAAUCGUAGAGUUUAUCAGAGCUAUAUCAAAGGGGGAAAGUAAGAAACUGGGGGGAUCAUUCUGGCAAUAAAACUAUAAAUAGUAGAUAUUUAUGUAUGAACUACUUCUGUGGCAUCACAUUACCUCUUCAUGUGAACAUAUCACGUCAGGUGUGGGGUUUGGUGUGAAUGUAGGAUGUAUUCAUGGUGUCAAAUCUUGUCUUAAGACAUAUAAGCAAUUAUUGUGUAAUAUUAUGAAUGUUAAAGUGUUUUAAUGAGGAAAUUUGUGUACAUUUUGUUGAUUAAAUGUCUUUAUUGUUGUUUUGAACUUGACCUUAACAGUACAUUUCUUUGGUUGCGUGCCUUCUUUUGGAGUGAAAACCGCGCACAUAUGCCCCGACUUAAAGUAACAUCAGAAAGGUGGGAAUCUCAUUUUCCAAAACCAUCACUUUUGAACAAAAAUUAUCUGAUGCUAAAUGUAUUGUUGGAUUGAAAUGACUACAAAUAAAUAAUCAUGUCUUAUAUCUCCCAUUCUCUUUGUCUCACUUAGAGGUUACAUUUUGUUGUACCACCCUGCUGUGCGACAUUAGUAUUUGUAGUGUUUAGACUGAGAAUAACCAGCACUGUUUUAUUUCUGUAACUGCUGCUACUCAUGUAGAGGUUACUGCAUCAAUUAUACACUAAUGUAAGUGUUGUCUAGAUGCAUGUAGUCCAAUAAAAACAAAGUCAAAGUCA